AUGGCAGAUGAGGAAGGACCACGAUACCUUUCCGACACGGAAAUAGAGGCACUCGCCUCUACGAUGCGUGUAGCGGACCCAAAUGAAGAUAAUGGCGCGUUUAGUUCCAUAACAAAACUGGAAGCACUCAUGUGGUUGAGGCUCCUCGGGCCAAAGGAUUUGUCGCCAACUAAGGCGGCGUCAGCGUCCGAUGAAAACAUCUUUCACAGACUUCGUUAUGCCCUGUGGGAUUCGCAAAGGAUCGAUUAUCUCUUUCACGGGAAACGCUUCAGCGAGUCCCCGUCCCUCGAUGUGAAAUCCUUGUCCUCUUGGCCUGAUUGGCAGAAAGAACAUGCUGAGCUACGAACCCUCAGCAGAGGUAUGCAGAAAAUGGACGGAUAUAAGGAUGCCGACCGACUUAAUUCUUAUGUUCAUCGGCACUUCACCAUGUCCGCUUUCACGCAAAUGGAGAAUAUGUCCGGGGUGGUUAUGAACCAUCCAAAAGACUGGAGGGGCGCUUGGAUAGGUACCAAGGCAAAGAUGCACUGUGCCGCCCUGGACAUCACUAGAGAGGGCGGGAGAAACACCCCUUUCGUAACCUACUUCACAACUCCUGAGAACGGAACCUGCAUGCUUAUUAUGGAAAUUUUGGAUGUGAAAGAGUGCGCUUGGCCAGAACCAUCCAAGAAGGGAGGAUCUCAGUUCACCCUUCAUCUCGAAGGGCGCCUGGCAAAAAGCAUGAAAGGCGCCUCAAAGAGAGCUGUGCGAGAGAAAUUGCAAUGGCAUUUACAAACGGGAGAGGAAAUGGAACCAACGCACAUCCGAAUGUUUGCUCGCCUUCUGUCGCACAACGCCACCCUUAUAGACCCUGAGUACGUCGGCGAGCUACAGUCACACUGGGCGGGCGUAGCGCGUGACUCCUUGUCUAUGCUCCUGAUCGUACUCCAUGCUAAUUAUAAAAACAACCACUUCAAAGUUGCAAAUCAGUCCUCCGAUUGUAAUAAACGUGACUGGUCGGAGCACAAAGCUAAUUGCAAAGUCUCCAAACGUCUCUUAUCCGACCCGUCGAGUUUCCCGACAGACAAAUUCUACGUACCUAUCAGAACGUACGUUGAUUUCAUACCUGAAAGCGGUUUUGCGGUGGAACAAGAAGCAAUCAAGGAGAGUGGUUCCUCGAACAUAGGUGACUGCCCACGCAACGAAUACGGUCGUGAGAGGUUCAUCAUUCGUACCGUGAUGCCGUUGGAUUACAGUCACAAUGGGCGGUACAAGGGAGCUACGAUCUUCCUUUGGGAUCGACGCAGAAGUCUCCUAGCAAGGACUAGCCCUGGAGAUCCUCCCAUGGCGAAAGAACGAAAUUGGGACUUUGAAAUUCCUUUCCACCCACAAGGGUACGAGCAGUAUAAGAAAUCUUGUGGAUAUACCCCAACAAGGGGCUCUGUCUUGGGCAUGAAUGCUUUCGCUUCUUCCUCAGAUAUUCAAUCCGUAGCACAAUUGUAUCUAGGCGCUACAUUUGUGCGUCGGAAACCGGUUGUUCCUCACUGGGACCGCUCCGGAAUAUCUAUCUACGUGGCAUUUAGAAUCAUUCUUUUCUAA